CCCCAAAUCCCCCAUCUCCCACUCCCUCCCUCACUCUCCCUCCCUCUUCCCCGGUCCCGGUCUCCCCCCUUCCGCCGGCCGUGGUCUGGUCAUGGACAAGUCCAACCUCCCACCGCCCUCCACCGCCGCCGCCCUCAAAGCCCUCAACAAAGCCUCCUACAAGAUCUCCAAGCAAUCCUCCUCUUCUUCCUCCCUGAGAGCACCUUCUCCUCCCCCGCCGCCGCUGCCUUCCCGCCUCUCUCCACCUCUUCCAGCCCCGCCCCCGCCUCCCUCCUCCGCCCCCGCCCCAAUCGACCACCCGCCGCCCCAGCCCCCCGUCUACAACAUCGACAAGUCCAACUUCCGCGACGUCGUCCAGAAGCUCACCGGCUCCCCCUCCCACAUCUUCCCGCCUCAACCCCCAGCCACCACCACCCCCCUCGCCGCCCCAACCCCCUCACGCCCCCUCAUGGCCCCUCCCCCACCCCCACCCCCGCUCUCCGCCAUCCCGUCCCGUCUCCACCGCAUCCGUCCCCCGCCGCUGGCCCCGCCCCGCCCGCCGCCCAUCCUGCCGGCGACGGCGCCGGCGCCGGCUCAGCCCGGCCUCUCCCCUCUCCCGGCGCUCCCCUCCGUCUGCAUGUCGGCCGAGUCCCCCAUCUCGGCCUACAUGCGCCGCCUCCGCGGGAUGCCGUCCCCGAUCCACGUGCCCACGUCGCCGCUCGGGUUCGGCUGCCUCCACUCGCCGCGGGCGCCCACGUCGCCCGGCGUCGCCAUGCCCGCCACCAGCCCCCGCGUCCGCGACCAGUGA